AUGGCGGACGAAGCGCAGCUUAAUAUGUACAAGUCUCAACUUCAGCAGGUUGAAGCUUCUUUAACCAGUGAUCCAGACAAUCAAGAUCUGUUAAAAUUGAAGAAAGAUUUGCAGACUCUUGUAUUUCUAGAUGAAGGGGCGAUACACGCUCUUCGUAUGGAUAUGCUAAUGUGUCUGCUCCACUGGUGUUAUACUGCCAUUUCUUCUCCUCAGUACCUGUUCCUUAUGGGUUGUGUUUUGCUAAGCCCAUUCCAGUCCCAUGUUUUAUUUCUUUGUUAUUUACUCUAUAAGAAUGCCACCUAUCAUAGUUUCUUGUCUCUUCAGGAGGUGAUUGAAUUAACACUUCAACUGCUGAACAUUGGCCCAAAUGCUGGUAAUCCAGAAACUGAAGAUGGUGAAAGUGGCAUUGUCCCUGCUACAACUGAAGAUGAGGCUACUGAUAAUUUUCAGACCACUUGGAGUCCAGGUGACUCCUGCUUGGCUAUUUGGUCAGAUGAUGGACAGUAUUAUGAAGCAAAGAUUGACGAAAUCUUACCCGAUGGAACUUGCACUGUUACAUUUGAUGGUUAUGGAAACACAGAUGUCACUCAGGUAAACUUAUUAAGGGCAGUAGAUCCUGAUAAUGAUCAUGGAGCAGAUGGAAUGGGACCAGAGGCAAAGAGGUUAAAAUCAAAGAAAGAUCUUAUUGCCCAAGAACGGGAAAAGAAAAGGAAAAAGGCUCAAAAGAAAGCACAGCGUAUGAAACAACUUGAAGAAGAAAGAGAAACUGAAAAGAACAAAUGGCUUGAUUUCAAUGCCAAGGCCUUCUCUAAGACAAACAAAGGAAAAGUGAAGAAAUCAAUAUUUGCCUCUCCUGAUAAUAUAAAUGGAAGAGUGGGUAUUGGCACAUGUGGUACUGGAGGCAAGCCUAUGACAGAGUAUCACCCACAAGAAAAAUGGAAGAAGUGA